AUGGUUCAGAUAACAGAGGUUAAAGAUGAUCAAUCAUCUAGAGAAAGUAGAACUUCAGCACAUACACAUAUUAAAGGUUUAGGAUUAAAUGAACAAGGAAUUGCUAAACCAAUAGAAGGUGGAUUUGUUGGACAAAAUGAAGCUCGUGAAGCUUGUGGUAUAAUUGUUGAUUUAAUUAAAUCAAAGAAAAUGUCAGGUAAAGCUGUAUUAAUAGCAGGACCACCAGCUACUGGUAAAACUGCAUUAGCAUUAGCUAUAUCACAAGAAUUAGGACCAAAAGUUCCAUUUUGUCCUAUUGUUGGUUCUGAAUUAUAUUCUGCUGAAGUUAAAAAAACUCUGGCCUUGAUGGAAAAUUUCAGAAGAGCUAUUGGAUUAAGAAUUAAAGAAACUAAAGAAGUAUAUGAAGGUGAAGUUAUUGAAUUAACUCCUGAAGAAGCAGAUAAUCCAUUAGGUGGAUAUGGGAAAACUAUCAGUCAUGUUAUUGUUGGUUUGAAAACAGCAAAGGGUACCAAAACUUUAAGAUUAGAUCCUGUUAUAUAUGAAAGUAUUCAAAAGGAAAGAGUUACUAUUGGUGAUGUUAUUUAUAUUGAAGCCAAUACUGGUGCUGUUAAACGUGUGGGUAGAUCUGAUGCCUAUGCUACUGAAUUUGAUUUAGAAGCCGAAGAAUACGUCCCAUUACCUAAAGGUGAAGUUCAUAAAAAGAAAGAAAUUGUUCAAGAUGUUACAUUACAUGAUUUGGAUGUAGCUAAUGCUAGACCUCAAGGUGGUCAAGAUGUUUUAUCUAUGAUGGGACAAUUAUUAAAACCUAAAAAAACUGAAAUCACUGAUAAAUUGAGAACAGAAGUUAAUAAAGUAGUUUCCAAAUAUAUCGAACAAGGUGUUGCUGAAUUAGUCCCAGGUGUUUUAUUUAUCGAUGAAGUGAAUAUGUUGGAUAUGGAAAUUUUCACUUAUUUGAACCGUGCGUUGGAAAGUUCAAUAGCUCCAAUUGUUGUCUUGGCGUCAAAUAGAGGCUUAACUACUGUAAGAGGAUCAGAUGAUGGAACUAAAGCACCACAUGGAUGUCCGCCAGAUUUAAUCGAUAGAUUGUUAAUCGUUAGAACUUUACCUUACAAUCAAGAUGAAAUCAAAACUAUUAUCGGAAAGAGAGCUAGUUUAGAAGGAUUAACAUUAACUGAUGAUGCUUUGGAAAAAUUAGCCAAACAAGGUUUAACAACUUCUUUGCGUUAUGCUUUACAAUUAUUAACACCUGCUGGUGUUUUAAGUACAACUGCUGGACGUUCAGAAAUUACUAUUCAAGAUAUCGAGGAAUGUGAAUUGUUAUUCUUGGACUCUCGCCGUUCUACAAAAGUGUUGCAAGAAAAUAAAAAUUUCCUUUAG